CAGUUGACCUAUGCAAGGACGCUUUCAAAUCACUACGUGAAAAGUACCUGAGGGAACGCGAAAAGGCCCAAAACCAAGGAGACUACUACAAACCCUGGGAACUCUUUGACGAUCUACGAUUCCUCGAUCCCCACAUUCUCACUAGGGCUUCGGUAUGGAAUGGUAGCACCAAAAGCGAAGAAGAAAUUCUCCCAGACCACAACGAGGCAGACCCAACAGGUUUCGAUAAAAAACUAAUUUAUUUCGUGAAAAGGGCGUCUCCGAUAUGGGACAGGAACUCCAAUACCUAUCCUAACAAGACUUCGAAGCAUCAACUCUGGGAGAACAUCGCGUCAAGCUUAAACAGAGACAUCAAUUGCUGUAUGCUUCGAUGGAAAGCCCUUAGAGAGAAAUACAUCAGACAGAAAAUAAAAUUCCAGGAUGGAGAAGCAAAAUGGGAGCUCUUGGACAGCCUGAAUUUCUUGGAUAAGGUUAUACAGUACAGGAGGAAACAGUCAGACCUCAAGAUGGACUAUGGAGACUGUAUGCCGGCACCUAGUCUAACUCCUUACCAAGAAAGGGCUUAUGCUCAAAUAAAAUACAACUUUGAUACCGAUGACACUUCCUUUACUGACUCUUCUAAUGACUUUCUGCACGCAGUUAAAGAAGAGAACAUUGUUCAACAAGUGGCGGAUAGUUCUUAUAAUAGUUUUAGUUGCAAAAAAACGAGGGAAAGAUCUGCUAGUGCGAAUAGUGAAGCACCGUCAGACAAAAAGGUGCGAAGAGACGAAGAACAAGCCACUACCUCGAGGAAUAAUGAAGUUAAGAAGAGCGAGACUGUUGAAAAGAGUCCAGAACAAUUAUUCGGUGAUUUGGUCGCCAGUUUGUUGUGUAAAAAACCGGAAAGCCAGAGAAAUCUGUACAUGAUCGAAAUCAUGACUGUGUUAUCGAAAUAAGAAUUGAUAUUAUUUUAUAGAAAGAUGUUUAGUUCAAAACGAUAAUUUGAAAUACAUGUAAUAUCAGAAAAAAUGCUAAGACCUAGAUUGUUUUUUGAUAAAAAUAAACAAGAUAUUUUGAAUUGUCGUUUGUAUAUCUUGAAAUCUCAUUAAUUGUUAAUAAUUUGUUACAAAAAUACCUAGAGUUUGAAAUAAAAAAAAAUAUAUUUUU